AUGAAGAAAGGAUGCCAGUUAUGGAUCUUGUGCUUACUCUGCAGUUGCUGCAAAGGCAGAACACCAGUACAUAUAGUUCAGCGUCCUGCAGUCACAGCAAGUGAAUGUUCCACGUGGGGCAAUUUCCACUUCCAGACAUUUGACCAGGUCAAAUUUGACUUCCCUGGAACUUGCCAAUAUGUUUUUGCUUCACACUGCAAUGACAGUUAUCAGGACUUCAAUAUCCAGAUCAGAAGAAGUGUCAAGAAUAGGACUGCUAUCUAUUUCACUGCUAACAUAGAUGGCGUGUUUCUGGAGGUGAAAAAAUCAGGCAUCACAGUGAAUGGGAAAGCAAUUCGUCUGCCCUUCAGCUUGAAGAGUGUUCUAAUAGAAGACAUUUGUACUUACUUCCAAGUCACCUCCAAACUAGGCCUGAUUCUCAAGUGGGAUUGGAGUGACACUCUACUACUAGAUUUAGAAGAUACAUACAGGCAGAAAACAUGUGGUCUAUGUGGGAACUAUGAUGGCAAUCAAAAGAAUGAUUUGAUCUUGAAUGGCUAUCGUCUACUCCCACGACAAUAUGGCAACCUACAAAAAGUAGAAGAGCCAACAGAGGAGUGCCCGGAUGUACCUGAGGAAAAUAAAGAAAACAAAUAUGCCUCUCGUCAGAAAGAUAAUUGCAAGAGUAAAUACAAAUCUAAUUGCAAGAAAGCCCUGUCCUGCUUUGGAAAUUGCUCUAAAGUGGUUGCCAUUGAUUAUUAUGUAGCUGCCUGCACUGAUGACAUGUGCAACUGCACACAGAAGUCUUCUCAUUCAAACCUGAUUGCAAGCUGUGUAUGCAGCACUCUCAGCCAGUAUUCCCGAGAUUGUCUCCUCAAGGGGGGAGACCCUGGAAAAUGGAGAUCCAAGCAGCUUUGCUUCCGAGAAUGCCCAACCAACCUGGAAUACAUGGAAUGUGGAAACCCCUGUAUUGACACCUGCUCCAACCCAGAAAGGAGCAAAGUUUGUAAAGCCCCAUGUACUGGUGGCUGCUACUGUGCAAAGGGAACAAUUCUUGAUGACAUCAGCAGCAAAAAAUGCAUCCCCAUUGGCAGCUGUCCUUGCACCUAUCAAGGCAAAGUCUAUAAAGCUGGAGAGACCUACUCCACUGCCUGCCAAAACUGUACCUGCACUGGAGGAAAAUGGUUUUGCUUACCAUUGCCCUGUUCUGGAAAUUGCAAUGUAGAAGGAGGAUUUCACAUAACUACAUUUGAUAAGAAACAAUUUAUUUUCCAUGGCAACUGCCACUAUGUCUUAGCUAAGGACACAGAUGGUUCCUUUGUGAUUAUUGGAGAGAUUGUUCAGUGUGGUUCUUCAAACACUAUGACAUGCUUGAAGAAUGUCUUACUCACAUUAGGAGUUAUUAAUAUAAGAGUAUGUGCCAGUGGAAAUGUCUAUAUCAAUAACGUUAUUGCUGUGUUGCCCUUAACUAAAGAUGGCAUCACCCUCUUCAGACCGUCUACAUUUUAUGUCAACAUUGUGACAUCUUCACGGAUACAAAUUCAAGUGCAACUAAAACCCACUAUGCAGGUCUUCAUAGUGAUAGAUGAAACUUACCAUAAUAGAACAUCUGGACUUUGUGGAAAUUUCAAUAAUAUAGAGACUGAUGAUUUUCGAACUAUCAGUGGGAUUGUGGAAGAUUCAGCUUCAGCAUUUGGAAACUCGUGGAAGACUAUGGCCAACUGUGCUGAUGUCCAAGAUAGCAUUGAGGAUCCCUGUCUGAAGAGCAAAGAUAAAGAAAAAUUUGGGCAGCAUUGGUGUGCCCUUCUGGCAAACCCAAGAGGGAUAUUUGCAAACUGUCAUCCUGUUAUAGACCCUGAUCCUUAUGUUAAGAACUGUGCUUAUGAUACUUGUAAUGCUGAGAACAGUGAAGAGGCUCUUUGUGCUGUAUUCUCUACCUAUGCCAGAAGUUGCGCUGCAAGAGGAAUACUCCUAAAAGGCUGGAGAAGUGGUAUCUGCGAUGUUUCCAAGGAAUGUCCCCAAACAAUGGAAUACAGCUAUGAAGUGAAGUUCUGUAAUAGUUCUUGCCGUUCUCUGAGUGAACGUGAUGUCCUGUGUGCUGUCCAGAAUGCCCCCCCUGCAGAGGGCUGCAGCUGUCCUGAGGGGACCUACCUAGUGACCGAGGAAAAAUGUGUUUCUCCAGAGGGUUGUCCCUGCUACUAUAAGGACCAGAUGAUCCAGCCUGGGGAUUCAAUCCAACAGGACAAGUUCAUGUGCAAAUGCAUUCGAGGGCAACUGGACUGCAUUGGAAACAAGGAAGCUGAGAAAGAUUGUCCUCCUUCAAUGAAUUAUUUUGACUGCAGCUCUGCUGGUCCAAGUGCAAGUGGAUCAGAAUGCCAGAAAAGUUGUGAAACGCAAGACAUGCAGUGUUAUGCUACAGAAUGUGUCUCUGGGUGCAUUUGUCCUGCUGGACUGGUGUCUGAUGUUAAUGGCACUUGUGUUGAAGAGGAGCAAUGCCCUUGUAUCCAUGGAGGAAAUGUCUAUAGUCCCGGCACAAUGAUCACAGUCAGCUGUAAUACAUGCAUAUGCCACAAGAGACAAUGGAACUGUACAACCAACCCUUGCCAUGGAAUAUGCACUGUGUAUGGGAAUGGACAUUACCUCAGCUUUGAUGGCGGGAAAUUUGAUUUCAUGGGAGACUGUGAUUAUAUCCUCGCUCAGGAUUUUUGCCCCAAUAAUCCCCAGCAAAGCACCUUUCGAAUUGUAAUGUCAAAUGCUGCAUGUGGUAAAUCCCCAACUGUUUGUGCCUUGAAAAUCAAUGUGAUCUUGCAGAGCAGCGAAAUCAGACUUUCCUCUGGAAAAAUUGAGGAGAUAACCAGUAAGCCUGGCACAGAAAAAAACUAUAAAUUGUACAUCAUGGGGCUUUAUAUUGUAAUUGAGACUUAUCAUGGAAUGACUUUUAUGUGGGACGAGAAGACAACAGUGAUUGUACAACUGGCACCUUCUUUUCAAGGCAAGGUUUGUGGUCUUUGCGGUGACUUUGACAACCGCGCCCACAAUGACUUUACCAGCAGAGGGCAGUCUGUGGAGUUGCAUGCGCAAGAGUUCGGAAGCAGCUGGAAAGUCACCACUAGCUGUUCAGACCUAAACAAGACCGAUCCAUGUGAAACUCAGCCUCUCAAGCUUGCACUGGGGCAAAAGCACUGUAGUAUUAUCAAGAGCGAACUUUUCAGACCCUGCCACAGCAAGGUCAACCCUACACCCUACUAUGAGGCCUGUGUGUCUGAUAUCUGUGGUUGUGACAGUGUGGGAGAUUCUGAGUGCUUCUGUACUGCAGUAGCUGCUUAUUCCUGGAGCUGCAGCAGAUCUGGCGUCUGUAUUGACUGGCGAACUCCGACAGCUUGUCCUGUGUUCUGUGACUACUUUAACUCACCCAACAAAAAGGAGUGGCAUUAUAAACCCUGUGGAGACCCUUGUUUAAGGACUUGCAGAAAUUGCGCCGGAAGGUGUGGCAAUCUACUGUAUAAUUUGGAAGGUUGCUAUCCACAGUGCAGUGCUGAUAAACCAUAUUAUGAUGAGGAAAAAAGAGAAUGUGUCUCAGCAUCCAAAUGCACUUUGUGUGUUCCAGAGGAAAAACUGUCCUUGAAAGAUUCCAUUGGAAAUAAAGCAGUGCUUCCCACCCCCUUACCAGCAACAACAAAAAUUACAGUCACCCCUUGCUACUGUAAUGUAAAUGGAAAGCUGAUAACUAAUGGCAGUAGUGAGUUUGUGACAAUGGAUACUUCAGAUUGGUGUAUCUUUGCCUUUUGCAAUACAUCAUGCCAAACUGAAUUCUACUAUGGAGAAUGUUCCUUUUCCAUGACCACCACUAGCAAACCGUCCAUGGUCUCCAGCAGCCCUUGUAAGGGAAAUAUUAGGAACUGUCAGAAUAAGCCUCCACCCUAUGCAGUAAUAAAAUCUGAUUCCACACUUACUUCUGUGAGUGGUUGCACCAGUCUCAACCCUCCUAGAAAGUUUCAGGAAUCAUGGAAAUUGGGAAGCUGCCAAGUUGCCACUUGCUUAGGAGAUGGAAAUCGCAUUAAAAUAUCUGAUGUGCACUGUCUACCUCAAAAAUUAAAACACUGCAUUAAUGGGCUGCCACUGAUAAAAAACCGUGAAGCAUCAGGCUGUUGUGAGGUUUUUGAGUGCCAAUGUAUUUGCAGUGGAUGGGGAAAUCAACACUAUGUAACAUUUGAUGGGUCCUACUAUAAUUUCCGCGGGAAUUGCACCUAUCUGCUGAUGAAAACAACCAAAACAACAAAGUUUCAGAACUUCUGGAUCCAAAUGGAUAAUCACUAUAUUGCUGCCAUAGAUAGAGCUGUUCCCUCUAUGAGCCUUUUCAUAUAUUACAACCACUCUAUGGUUGUAUUGACACGAGGAGCAGAGAAUGGAAAAGAAGGCAACCUGGUUCUCUUCAACAAUAAAGAAAUUGUUCCAAGUUAUUCGAAGGAUGGUAUUGAUAUUUCCACCUUUGGUCAAUACGUUGUGGUUAAAAUACCUGAAAUUAGACUUUUGGUCUCCUAUACCCGCCUUGCUUUUUAUAUAAGCCUGCCUUUCAGCACUUUUUAUAACAAUACCGAAGGGCAAUGUGGUACAUGCACCAACAAAAAGACAGAUGAUGCAAUGAAAAGGAAUGGCAGGAAGGCAGAUUCCUUUACAGAGAUGGCACUGGACUGGAAAGUGAUGGACCUUGCCACUAGAUAUUGUGAUUCAGGUCAACAUCCGGCAUCUUCUCAUUAUGAAAUGUUGUCACCCAGCAUGGAUACUUGUGCAGUUCCUUCUGUUUGUAAACUUAUCUGGAAUUUAACAGAGUGUCACAAUGCUGUCCCUCCACGUCCUUACUAUGAGGCUUGUGUUAUGGAUGGAUGUUCCCUGCCAAAGCAGAACACUGAAUGCAGAAGUCUCCAGGCCUAUGCAGCCUUGUGCGGGUACCAGGGGAUCUGUGUGGACUGGAGAAGCAAAAUCAAAGGGAAGUGUGAACUCACAUGCCCCAAGGACCAAAUCUACAAACCAUGUGGGAAAAUGGAAAGACUCACGUGCUCUAAUAGAAAAAGUGCUGUCCACAACAAUCCAUCACAGGUUGACAUCUCAGGAAUACUUACUGAAGGAUGCUUCUGCCCUGAAGGAACGGUCCAGUUGAAUGACCAUGAUAGCAUUUGUGUUCCUGCCUGUGGGUGCACAGGACCAGAUGGCCUACUGAAACAGCCAGGAGAAAUAUGGGGAAAAGAUUGUCAGAUCUGUACCUGCAGCAACGAAACACUGAACAUUACUUGUUCAACCCACAUUUGUGCAAAAUCCCCACCAAUCACUUGCACGAAGGAAGGAUUUGUACCUAUAGUACGUCAACAUUCAAAAGACCCCUGCUGUACAGAGACAGUGUGUGAAUGUGAUGUAAGGUCCUGUACUAGACCCAAAAGGGAAUGCAAUCCAGGCUUCCAGUUAGUAACAGCAACUUCUGAAGAUGCAUGUUGUACCAUUUACUCCUGUGUACCAAAAGGCGUUUGUGUAUCUAAAGGAAUAGAGUAUCAGCCUGGAUCAUUGGUAGCUUUAAACUCUUGUGAUGAAUGCAUUUGUACUGAGACAAAGGAUCCUGAGACCCAAAUCAACCAAAUUCAGUGUUCGCCAAUAAAAUGUUCAACAGAAUGUCAAAAGGGUUUCCGCUAUGUCCAUGAAGAAGGGAAAUGCUGUGGUGAAUGCAUACAGGUCGCUUGUAUAGCAAACUUUUCAUUUGGGACAGUGGUUCUUGAGGUGGGAGAGCUCUAUAAGGAUCCACAAGCUAACUGUACUCAGUAUAUCUGCUCGAAAUCAUCAGGUCGGUUUCUUCUGAUCAGCACGGUAAUGUCCUGCCCACUGAUUGAUCAAUCAAGCUGUGUUCCAGGAACCAUUGAAACCACACCAGAUGGAUGCUGCAAGACUUGUAACUACUUGUCACAUAACUGCUCAGUUAGUGUAAGGAGACAAUACGUUGCUCGUAAGCAGUGUAAAUCAGCCACACCUAUCUUGGUAUCCUCCUGCAAAGGAUCAUGCAGCACCUACUCUGUAUAUUCCUUUGUCACCAACAAAAUGAAGCACCAAUGUACCUGUUGUCGUGCGACAAAAUAUCGUAAAAUGAAGGUGGUCCUGGUUUGCAGAGGAAGGAAACGAAUCAGAUACACGUAUCUUCACAUUGAAGAGUGUGGCUGUGUCGAGACCAUAUGUCCUACAUAA